UUUUUUAUUCUUUUAGAAAUCUUACACCAUCUUGAACUUCUCUAAGGAAAGGGGACUGACGACAUUAAACCACCAGCUUCGCGGGGUUAUAAAAUUGUGAAAAGGGCAAAUCAACGCAUUUUCAGACUUAGCAGCUUUAUCUGAGUUACUGCAUCUCCGCCAUCGAGUGUGCCGAUCAAAAGGCUGAGAAAAGGAUGGAGCACCACAUUUUCUUCCUAAUGCUACUGUUUGUAGCCUCAGGUCAUCUCAUUCAAGACCCCUCACUGGAUGACCACUGGGAGGCCUGGAAGGAAAGCUACCAGAAAACAUACAAGGAUAAGGGAUAUGAGCUUUCAAGGAGGCUAAUUUGGGAAAAGAAUUUCCACAUGAUUGAGGAGCAUAACCUUAAGUUUUCUAAAGGACAAUCAACUUUUGAGAUGGGAAUAAACCACCUUGGGGACAUGACCAAUGAAGAAAUUAAUUCCAUGCUCAAUAGAUUCAGGAUACCUGAUGACAACAGAAACAACUUUACUGAUGCUAAAUACACUGAACCUUCAGAUUAUCAGUCUUCAAGGGGAGUAAAUUGGGUCAAGAAGGGGUAUGUCACUAAUGUCCGAGACCAGGGGCAUUGUGGCUCCUGCUGGGCUUUCAGUGCCACGGGUGCUCUUGAAGGCCUACUCAAGAAGACCACAGGCAAACUGGUGGAGCUGAGCCCCCAGAACUUGAUGGACUGCUCCACAGACUUUGGAAACCAUGGUUGUAAUGGAGGAUACAUAACCAGAGCUUUUAAGUAUGUGAUGUCGAAUAACGGCAUUGACUCUGAAAAGAGCUACCCUUAUAAACACAAGGAAGGAAGAUGUCGAUACCAUCUUUCAGGAAGAGCAGCGACAUGCAACUCAUACAAAACCAUACCAUGGGGCAGUGAGAAGGCUCUUCAAAGAGCAGUGGCUAGUGUUGGUCCUGUAAGUGUAUGCAUUGAUGCCAGUCAAUCUUCCUUUCAUUACUAUAAAAAAGGUAUCUACUAUGAGCCAUUAUGCAGCAGUCAAAAGAUAAACCAUGCUGUUUUGCUGGUGGGAUAUGAUAAUGAGAAUGACUUUGACUACUGGUUGGUUAAGAACAGUUGGGGUACUGACUGGGGAAAUCAAGGAUACAUUCAAAUGAUCCGAAAUCGAAACAACAAUUGUGGAAUAAGCUGUUUGGCUUCUUAUCCAACAAUGUGAUGACCUUUCGAUCCCAAGGUUGAUACUUGACUGCAUGAGCUGAUGCAAACCUCAAAGCCAAAUCUGUCACUGCACUCUGCUGCUGAGCAUUUACCAAAGAUUCAUCAUAACUUCAUUCAGGCAAUCUGUGAAGAAAAAACAGUUAAAAAGCUUUUUCAUUUUAAAUUUGUUAAUUGAUGUUAAACACAAACACUGCAUAAACUGGGCUAGCUCACUAUCCAGAGUUGGUACCUCCUUGUGCCAGAUGUUGCCCUGAUAAUUACUUGAUUCCCAUAGCUUUGAAAUGGAUAAGAUUAUUAUAAAUGUGUUUGAUCAACAACAUAUCAAAAUUUCCUGGACAUCAUUGUAUUGUGGCAUAGAAAUCCCCAGUAAAGAUGAGCAGUUUUAUUUUGUUUUUAACUAAAACCUAAAAUAAGAUCAGCCUAAUUCUGAAAAGUGAACACAUGGCACUUUGUAAUAUUUGUCAUACAUUAAAUAGGAGUCUCAGAACAGCAAACAUUUUCUUUCAAAACCUAGAUUCAAAAUUUUGCCUAAGCAUUGCAGGACUCAUUCAUCAGCACUGACCACUAUGACUCAAAGCCUAAAAAAUGUGUUUGUUAGUCAAAGUUGUUACUCUGUGCAGAUUUAAAAAUUGAUGUUCUGCUAAUUAUAUUAAUUCAGGCUGAAGAUUACAAACUCCAUGUACUACAUUCAUUAUUCUGUAACUCUACCAGUUUGUAAGAAUGCUCAGG